AUGAAAAUAAAUAAUCAAAGUUAUACAGCAUUAUCAAUGCUAUCAGGACAACACGAUAAUGUUUCGAUAUUUUUGUGGUUGAAAGGCUGGUUGAGAUCUGCAAAUUUCACACCACCUAAGGUUGUAAUUAGUGACCAAUCACUUGCUUUGAUGUCUGCACUUGUGCAAUCAUUUACACAGUAUAAUUUUUUUGAAAAAUACUUAAAUAUCUGUUUUUCAAUCUUUAAAGAAAAAAACAAUAGCGAACAAAAAAUACCAACCUGUUUUAUAAGAAAUGAUGUAAGUAAUUUUGUCCAUUUAGUGAGUCAAUGGCAGCCAUUAAAAACUUCUAAAUAUCCUAGAACAAAACAGCUAUUUUGUAGAGCAAUGUGCCUUUUAAUAUCUUGUAAAAAUAUGGAUGAAGCAAAAAAAAAAAUACUAGAGGCUAUAUUUGUAAUAGCUUUCAUUAAAUAUGAUGGGCCUUGUAUAAAUACAAGUAAUAAUGAUGAUGACAGAGACGUACAGACAGAAUCUGCAUUCGCACAAAGUAAAAAAAAAUUACAAUCAUUGAUUACGCUUACUAGUUCUACUGUUGAUGAUAUAAUAAAUAAUUUUAAUAAAUACGAUUGUGAAAUUCUAGAAAGUUAUUAUGAAGAAAUACAUGUAGUUAAUGUAAAUGUAACAUCUUUUAAACACUGA